UGAUCUCACGCUCCCAUUGGCCGCUGUCUGCGCUGACGUCACGAUCAUGAUGAGAAUUAAUGAUCGGAGGCGCUGAUUUCAUUGUGUGACGCCGGGACCGACCCAGCCGAAACCGGCUGAAUCCGGAGCCCCGAGCCCCCCAGACCGGCCCCGCGCAGCACGAUUGUUCCCAGCACUGUCACUUGAACAUCAACAUGCAUGCCAAAGCUGCCUCAUUUUAUUAGCAGAGCAGGCAGAUGUUGAAUUGUUCCAAACACGGCUUUGUUACCCCAAGCUCUUAUUGAAGUUUCAAUGUGUUGCCCACCAGCUGGACGCCUGGUUUUCCAAAAAACUCCUACGUGUCUUUUCUAAGCUUGACGAGUCAAGAUUAAAAUUAAAUUAUGAUAAGAAUCCAUGUGGAUUUCUAACGUGGAGUCUGCAGUUCAAGAUAAAGAUGAAUCUGCGUUCUGUAUUUACUGUAGAACAGCAAAGGAUAUUACAGCGUUAUUAUGAAAAUGGAAUGACAAAUCAAAGUAAAAAUUGUUUUCAGCUCAUAUUGCAGUGUGCACAAGAAACUAAACUGGACUUCAGUGUAGUCAGGACCUGGGUUGGCAAUAAAAGAAGGAAGAUGAGCAGCAAGAGUGCUGUAGAAUCUGGAGGUGCUCCCCCAGGGACUGCCCCUGCUGCUCCCUCGGUACCACCAGAAGCAGCAGUUAGAAAUGUGGUAAAUAUUGCUCGGUCCCAAAGUCAGCAGUCUUCUUGGACCUCUUCUAAUAACGAUGUAAUAGUUACUGGUAUAUACAGUCCUGCUAGUUCAUCCAGUAGGCAGGGAUCCACCAAGCAAACAAGUGCUUCAAUGGCAGAAAUACAUAAAACCUCUAUUCCAAGACUACCAGGAAAAAGUGACUCAGACUUUCAGCAGCAGCACAUCCCUAUAGGGCGACAAAUACCACACUGUAAAAAUGCCUCACUAUUAGUAGGGGAAAAAACGAUUAUUUUAUCUAGACAAACAAGUGUACUGAAUUCUGCGAACUCCAUUUAUAGUCACACAAAAAAAAGCUAUGGUGGUUCAUCAGUCCAAACUGCAGAGUUGGUGUUACCUCAGAAACCAAUGAUAUGCCACAGACCCUGCAAAGCUGAACUCAUGGGAUGUCAGAGGUUACAAAAACCAGAACAUGCAGCCCUUGCAUCGCAUGUGCCCCCUGGACAAAGGGCUAACACUAGGGACCCUUCUUGUAGCACACAAAACCUGGAAAUCCGCGAGGUGUUUUCUCUGGCGGUUACAGAUCAACCUCAAAGAAUUGUGGGAGGAAGUACAGCACAGAAGCACUGCUCAGUGGAAGGCAGCUCUCUGUCCAUUGCGAUGGAAACUGGAGAUGUGGAUGAUGAAUAUGCUAGAGAAGAAGAACUAGCAUCCAUGGGAGCACAAAUACAAAACUAUUCAAGAUACUGUGAAAGUAACAGUUCUGUUCGAGUGGAGAACCAAAGUGCAGCCUUGUCUGGGCCAGGAAGAAAUGUGAGCUGUAGUUCUCAGAUGGUGAAUGCCAGGGACGUGCCUGACAGUAUGCUGUAUCACAGCAGAGACUACCACUUGCCUGCACGGACCUCAUUACAUACAUCCAGUACAUUAUAUAACACUGCUAAUACAUCAAGAAGUACUUUUUCUCCUCAUUUUACAUCUUCAAAUCAACUGAGGCUGUCACAAAACCAAAAUAAUUACCAGAUUUCAGGAAACCUUACUGUGCCUUGGAUUACAGGUUGUUCCAGGAAAAGAGCAUUACAGGACCGCACCCAAUUUAGUGACCGAGACUUGGCGACCCUAAAGAAAUACUGGGACAAUGGCAUGACCAGCCUGGGCUCAGUCUGCAGAGAGAAAAUAGAAGCUGUUGCUGCAGAAUUAAAUGUUGACUGUGAAAUAGUGCGGACAUGGAUUGGGAAUCGAAGACGGAAGUACCGUUUAAUGGGGAUUGAGGUCCCACCCCCUAGAGGAGGUCCUGCUGAUUUCUCUGAUCAAUCUGAAUUUGUUUCUAAAUCAGCACUUAAUCCAGGAGAGGAAACUGCUACUGAAGUGGGGGAUGAUAAUGAUAGGAAUGAUGAAGUAUCAAUCUGCUUAUCUGAAGGAAGCUCACAAGAAGAAACAAAUGAAGCUCUUCAAAAUGAAGAAAUUCAUCACAAAGAUGAUGAGCGGAAUCCAGUAGCUGCUGAUAAUGUGAAAAUAGAAAUUAUAGAUGAUGAAGAAAGUGAUAUGAUAAGUAAUUCUGAAGUGGAUCAAAUGAGUUCUCUUUUGGAUUACAAGAAUGAAGAAGUCAGAUUCAUUGAAAAUGAGUUGGAGAAUCACAAACAGAAGUAUUUUGAACUGCAGACGUUUACACGGAGUUUGAUACUUGCUAUUAAAUCAGAUGAUAAGGAACAGCAGCAGGCACUGCUCUCAGACUUACCUCCUGAAUUAGAAGAAAUGGAUUUCAAUCACACAUCACCAGAGCCUGAUGAUACCUCAUUCAGCUUGUCGUCUUUAUCGGAGAAAAAUGCCUCAGACAGUUUGUGAUUUUACUUCAUUUUUUUAAUUAUUUCUAAUUGACAGGAAGAAACCUCACAUAAUGUGUAGGUUUCAAGAGGACAGCAUUUUGCUGUACAGUGUUCUUCAACCCAAAAAGGAAAAGCCCAAGGUGAAGUAGACCUCCCUGAAGAAUGACUGUAGUACAUAGUGGCUGCGGUUUGCAAUGUCAAGAAAUGUUGAGUGUUGUUUCUGCUAAAUGAAAGAACUGUGUGAGGAAAUGUUUCACUUUUAGCAGUUUGGCCUUGAUUAGGGUAACUUCUGACUUUCCAAAAUAACACUUGCUCUGUAGCAAAGACUUUUUGAGCAGGGAUCCAAGAGUGGAAAACAAAUGUCCUGUUACACAAACAGCCAGUUUUUCAGAGUUGCUUGCUCACUAUUCCUGGUUUUAAUUUUUUCCUAAUUUUGACUCAGGUAGGUGGACUAAAAAUUGAGAAUCCAAAUAGAAUAAUGAGCUCUUUUGAGUUGUGCUUGAACUCUUUGCAGAUCUGAAAUUAAACUAAAGUGUGUUUCGUCACAUGACUUCAGAUUGUUUAAUCUUAACAUUUUGUGACCAAAACAAUUGAAAACACUUUAAAAGGCUGACUGAGUAAUUCAAAUCAUCACCGAACUGUUGAUGUACAGAAUCUGUCUGUAAGCAGUUCGCCCAUGAGAUCAUGUGGGAAACCUGGUAGCUGCACUGUGUGACUUUUCCUGAGACUCUCACAAUAGCAGUGGGUUAAACAGGUUCACAUGCAGUUUUAUGAUUCUAUGAAUGUAGUUAUCUUUUUUUAUUUGUAGAGGUGUAGUGCUGAAGUUCAUUGUUUUAAGUACCACCUACAUACUUUUAACAAACCUUACUCCCUUUUAUCAAGACGCUCUCUUAAAUCCGUUAUGCCCUGAAAGGCAUUGAAGUGUUUAGAAUUGAGCGUUACAGACUUUCUACAUGUGACCUGGUUUUGAAGUAGCUUUGUCUGACAAGUUUUUUUGGCACUACCACGUCACAGUUGCCAUUUUCAAACCGUGAGCUUGAUUGCAGGCAGUGGCUGGAAUGAGUUUCUGCUUUCCCAGCUGUUGGUCGCAUUGAAUCCCUUUCCUCAUCUGAAUAAAUGGAUGUGCAGACACAUUUGGAUGAAUUUAAUAGGGUUUGUAAGUGCGUGCCCAUGUUAUUAAUGCUCUGUAUCUUCUAAUCUGUAUAUUCCUCAACAAGCAUUUUCAAAACCUACUUUCACACUUUGUUAAAAAGCCCGAUCUUUCAAUUUUACACUGAGUAAUAAUACAGUCUGGCGAGUCUCUGUUCGUGCAGUGCAGUAAGUAAUCCCAUUGGUUUCAGUGUAGGUCCUGGGUGAGGCUCACAAAAUUCAGGAGUGGUGGCACGUAGGAGAUGACCCAGAACAUUUUUUUCUUUAAUGCUGGGAUUCACUCACUAAUGAUUUCAGGUUUUCUCCGUCUGGUCCUCCCUCAUCACUCCUGCAGAUUUUGUAUUCUUAGGAUCUGUGCUGAGCUCUGUUCUGCCAUCUUUUUUUUCCAGUGUUGUACUUGGGCAUGUGGGAUUUUUUACAGUAUUGCUAAGUGCCAGUUGCAUAAAGGUUUAAAAAAAAAAAAAGGUUUCACGGUUCUGAAAUUCUGAUUACCAUAUAAUAAGGUUAGCAUGUAGUCCUCAAAAAACCUCUU